GUGGCAACCGCAGUGGCAGCUCUUUCUUUUGAACGCAGCCAGAAAUGGGCAAUGUUCUUCGAAAGGGAGAUUCGAGUGUUGUUGACGAGAAGAGGGGAUCCGGCGACGCCAGCCCUGCAGCGGCCCCUCCGCCCGUCAUUGGUAUAUCGGUCACGCCUGCGUCGCCAAAAAACCAAAACAACGCUGUCGACGCCCUGCCUGACAGGUGAGAAUGGCAGGGAGGGAAAGGCAGUCGUGGUUUGGGCUCAUAUCUUUCUGUGGUGGUUGGCUGCUAUGGUUGUCUGUCUUUCAGGUAUUUCAAGCGCAACCGAAGGUAAGAAAGGACACAAUGUAGUAGACCCCGGGAUGGUGAUUUCACUCUUGACUCUCCUGUCCCUCUCUGGUACGUGUGAGUGGCAGGGUGUCAGUCAGCGCCGAGAGCGUCAACCCCAACGAUUAUGUCAAGGUGGUCCAUCAAAAGGCCGAGGACACCAAGGUGACCCAGCACACACAGACACACAAACCGAAACCGGCUGUCAGCCACGUGCCUGUGCCUCCCUUGUUGACUGGUGCAGGUGCGGCUGCGUUUGAUACUCAAGGACUGCAACAAGGUCCUCUUCUCGGAGCUGUCGGACGACAAACUGGAAGAGGUGGGCUGCACACCGGACAGCACCACACCCAUGCAGACAGAUCAGCGACAGUUGUGGAUGCCCUUUCUGCCCUCACUCAGAUAGUUGAUGCGAUGUUCCGUGUGGACGUCAAGGAAGGCGAGACCAUCAUCAAGCAGGGCGACGCUGGCGACAACUUCUAUGUCAUCGACGAGGGCGAAUUCGACAUAUUCGUGGCCCGCGACAGCAGCCCGCCGGUCAAGGUGGGGACGGUCGGCCCGGGGCGGUCCUUUGGCGAGCUGGCACUCAUGUACAUGUGCCCCCGAGCUGCGACCGUCACGGUGAGCCCACUAGCUCCACGGAUGGAUGGCUGCAGACCUGUUGCAUUGCAUCGAAAGCUGCUUUCUGUGUGCCUUGCGUGUAUGUGUGUGUGUGUGUGUGUGCAGGCAACGAAGGACUCAGUGUGUUGGGCGUUGAACCGCUAUUCGUUUCAGCAUUUGAUGGUUGCGGGCGAGGCCAAACGCUUCAACGAGUACGAGGCCUUCCUCGAGAGCGUCGCAGUCUUCGGUGAGCGACACUCACGGCCUGCUCACCGAAGACUGCUCAAAUGGUGUGGUGGUCUGUGUCAGCAUCUCUGAACAAGUACGAGCGAAUUCAGCUGUCGGACGCGCUGGUACCCAAUGCUUAUGAAGAAGGUGCGACGGACGGUCUGUUGACGUGCUUGCCACACCUUGCUGGUCGUCUACUCGCUCCCGUUGUGUGUGCAGGUGAGGAGAUCAUCACUCAGGGCGACGAAGACGGCCACGAGCUGUACAUCAUGGAAGAGGUCACACACAGACACACACACACACACACACAGGCGGAUGGCUCUGUCCGGUUGCAUCGGUGCCUGUCUGUCGUUGCCUUUGUGUGUUCAGGGCACGGCAGCGGCCUUCUUGUCGCGUGAUGGGACUGAGGUGAAGGUCAAGGAGUACUCGAGGGGCGACUACUUUGGCGAAUUGGCUCUCAUUGCUGACAAACCAAGAGCGGUAAUCAGAUGGGGCGGACGCUAAUCGACCCUUUCGCUCCAUGACCCCAUUGUGUGCCGUCUUUCCAGGCGACGGUGCGCGCCACGUCCGACUGCUCGUGCCUGUCCAUCAACCGCGAGGACUUUGUCAGGUCAGCACAACACAGCCAUAUUCACGCCAGUGUACUUCUUUGUGUGAGUGCGCUGCAGGUUGCUUGGCCCCAUUCAGGACAUCCUGCAGCGCAAUGCCGACCUUUAUGUCAAGUACGAGGACGCCAUCAAGGUAACAUGAGCAGACACGGCUGCAGUGCCGAGAAUAUCCUCUCCUGCAUGGCUCUAUGUGUGACGUCAGGCUCAGAAUCUGAAGGAGGCCAGCCAGCCACUCGCCGCUGAGGAUGAGGCAGACGACUCGCCUUGAUCCAUACGUAAUGAUAUCGGGGUUGGUGGAUGGGUUGACGGAUGGGCGUAUGUACUGGUCUUUCUCGCGUGCAGGUCAGGUCUGCUUC